AUGUCUUCAACCACCACCUCCAGCCGUGACCCUUACUACGGCUACGGUCCUAUCUCGAUGCUUUCCACCUCGAUUGUGACCACCCUCUUCCCGCCCAUGGUCACUAACCAGGACGAGCCUUACCCCGUCACUGAGACUGGCAAACGCAUGCCCAAAUUGGUCGACUUCAUCGCCUAUGCCUUGUAUCGCACCCGUUUAAACGAUGCCAUCGUGCAUUCGUCUUUACUGCUGUUAACCAGACUUAAGCAGCGUUACCCUUCCGCCCGAGGAACUCCCUCCAGCCCCCACCGUCUGUUCCUGUCAGCUCUGAUGCUGGCAUCAAAGAUGUCAAUGGACGACACCUACUCUAACAAAUCGUGGGUUAUUGUCGGUCAAAACAUGUUCAGUAUCACCGAAGUCAACCGGAUGGAGCGCGAACUGUUUGGUUUCCUGAAUUCCAACUGCUACGUAACCAAGGAAGAGCUGAAGGAAUGGUGCCACGAAUGGUGUGGCCCUGUUGAAGAGGACGAUACCGAUGACUUCUAUGAGAUGCAGGAGCCCGUCCUUAACAGCGGUCCAUCGAUGGCUGCCUCAGAGCCCACUGGCUGCGACUCGAGCGAUUCCAACAGCCCCAUCUCCUGCUCGACUGCCACCACAUCGUCUCCUUCGCCACGAACGCCCGAGGAAGGCAGUGAGGGCGAAGUCGAAUCGCGCAACCGAUGGAAGUCGAUCGAGCAGCAUCCCGUCAGCCUGAUCCCCGCCUCCGCCAACACCAAACCUUCGGCACAUGCUACCAGCACCAUUCAACAUAUCCUCAAUUCCCCGUACUGA